GCGCUCCGCCCCGUGUGGGUGACGGGAGGGGGAGGGAGCCAGGCAGAGCUGAUCCCACGUGUGACGCUCGCAUUCCCGGCUCAGUAAUAUUCUCUUAGCUCUGACAGUGUGUGUGUUAGUUACUGGCCAUAGUUGGGUUAGCCAUGGAGGGAGACGGGAGCCAAGCCACAUCUGGAAGCCCUAACGAUUCGCAACACGACCCGGGUAAAAUGUUUAUCGGUGGCCUCAGCUGGCAAACUUCACCAGACAGCCUUAGAGACUAUUUUAGUAAAUUUGGAGAGAUCAGAGAAUGUAUGGUGAUGAGAGAUCCCACGACAAAACGCUCCAGGGGAUUUGGCUUCGUUACGUUUGCGGAUGCGGCCAGUGUAGAUAAGGUCCUAGCUCAACCUCACCAUGAAUUAGACUCAAAGACGAUUGAUCCUAAAGUUGCCUUUCCAAGACGCGCUCAACCCAAGAUGGUCACAAGAACAAAGAAAAUAUUUGUAGGCGGAUUAUCAGCUAACACAGUAGUUGAAGAUGUGAAGCAGUAUUUUGAACAGUUUGGCAAGGUAGAGGAUGCUAUGCUUAUGUUUGAUAAAACUACAAAUAGACAUAGAGGAUUCGGCUUUGUAACUUUCGAGAACGAGGAUGUGGUGGAAAAGGUCUGCGAGAUUCAUUUUCACGAAAUCAAUAAUAAAAUGGUAGAAUGUAAGAAGGCCCAGCCGAAGGAAGUGAUGUUUCCUCCAGGAACGCGGGGGAGAGCCAGAGGUCUGCCCUACACCAUGGACGCCUUUAUGCUGGGAAUGGGCAUGCUGAGUUAUCCAAACAUUGUAGCAACGUAUGGCCGAGGAUACACUGGUUUCGCCCCAAGCUACAGCUACCAAUUCCCUGGCUUCCCGGCAACAGCGUACGGUCCAGUAGCGGCGGCGGCAGCAGUGGCAGCAGCACGCGGCUCAGGUAGGGGGGCCCGUGGAAGAGGCGGCUACGCAGCAUACCCUCAGAGCACAGGGCCAGGCUUCCCCGAUUACGGUUUCUAUUCCUCGCCAAGCGACCAACGGGGGCCCCCCUUCUCCUUUGCGGACUAUGGCUCCCUGGGCCCCCAGGCGGCUCAGCUGCUGCAAAGCGAGCAUGCCACAUCAGCCUGCAACUCCCCUCUCCAGCACCUGGCCAGCCCGGAUCAGUAUAAGAGCCCAGGCACCAACCCACCCCGGCCUGGAGCCUUUCCUGGAGCCAGCAGUCCCGGGCCAGUGGCUGACCUGUACGGCCCCACCAGCCAGGACUCCGGCGUGGGCAACUACAUUAGUGCUGCUAGUCCCCAGCCCGGCUCCGGCUUCGGACACAGCAUUGCUGGUCCUUUGAUUGCAACAGCUUUUACAAAUGGAUACCAUUGAAACCUAACAGGUGGUUGGUUGCCAUCUCAUUUGAGCAGAGUUUAACAGGAGGCCCGGGGAAGACUGGCCGCAGUUUCUAAUUGGUUCUGUGUACAGGUAAACUUCAAGCACUACAGCGCUGAACGGGAAUCUAAAGCUGAGAUGGCGCCACGCGAAGAACAAACCCAAACGUCUGAAUCAUCUCAGAAAGAAGAAAAAAACAAAACAAACAAAAAAAAACAACGACUAAACAAUCUGCUGUACUAUACUGAAAUCCUGGCUUUUGAAUAUUUUAUCCUAGUGUAGCCCUGACCUUGAAUUAGGAUUUAAUUUAAUUUUUUUCCUUUACUAUUUUUCCUUUUAGAAGCAUUUUAGUCAUCUUUUAUUGUGUACACGUUGAAUCAACCAACGUUUGUUUGAGUUUCUAGAUGUCCUUCAUUGUUCUUGAAUGUUCUCUGAUGAGAGCGACUAUGUAAACAUAAAAUGUCAUUUUUUGUUUUGUUUUGGUGGUAAUAUUCCAAUAGCAGUUUUGUUUCACAGCCCUCGUCUAUCACAUUUUCAAGAUUCAUUUCAUACAAGGAAGAAACCGGAUUGAAAUGACUCAGCUUGAAAAGGUGACAUUUUUAAUUCAAGCCUAAACCGCAAUGAGUGGGUAACUCAAAAAAAUCUUAGUAGCUCUGUUCUAUGUUUCUUGUGAUGUCUUGUUAACCAUGAUUACCUAUUUUGGGCAAUAAGAGGACUACAAUAUUUUCACAGUCCUUUUUUAUAAAUGUCAUUUUUGUUGUCGAUGAAAAAAAAAAAAAGAAAAAAAGCUUUCCUUUUAAUACUUUGUGAAAUGAGAUUUAAAAAGAAAACAAUUCU